CACUGCCGAUGUGCCUGUACCAGACGAAGGGCACUCACCUACACAGUGCUAACAGAUAUGCCAAUCAGGAGGUGCCAACAGUGCCUGAGAGUGCCAUGCAAGUUAAGGGGAGCGGAGACAGUGUGUCCCUGUAUUGUGAGUGCCAGGGACUCGACUAGAGAGUCAACCUUGGCUUACAUGAGUGUGUGAUGCGUCGAGCCGCCGCGUCCAUGCAGGGGCUGGUGGUGGUGAUGGUGGCGGCGGUGGGCGUGGCCGCUCAGGAAACCACCAACGUCAACAAUUUCUUCAAGAUGCCGGCGCCAUGGGGAUGGGCGUGCGAGGGCGGCGGGCGCUGCGUCAAGUACGAGGCAGCGGGCCGGCCAAACCUGACCACCCUCAACCAGUGCAAGCUGACGUGCGGGCCCGCGGGGGCGCUCCUGCCCCUGCCCUCCGCCGCCACCAUCGGGGACUCUGUGUCUCUGUUCCUGCCGCAGAGCGUGUCCCUCAAGCCCAUGUGUCUGCCGGAGGUGUGCCCGGUGCUGCAGGAGGCCUUCGAGGUGUUCCUGGACAGCCUGCAGCGGUACCAUCCUGAAUACGCCGAGGGUGCCGCGCCGUGGACGGGGCCCUGGGACGCCGCCACGCAGGCCCAUAAGCUUGUGGUGGAGGUCGCGGUGCGGGGCCCCGAGACCCACCUCACCCUCGACACGGACGAGUCCUACGACCUGACGGUGGCCACGGCGGGCGGCACCACCACCGCCAGCGUGACCGCCAACACUUUCUUCGGGGCGCGCCACGGUCUGGAGACGCUGAGUCAGCUAGUGGAGUACCAUGAGACUGAUGACGCCCUCAUGGUGGUGACGACGGCGGCGGUGACGGACGCGCCGGCGUUCCCGUACCGCGGGCUGCUGGUGGACACGUCGCGUAACUUCGUGACGGAGGCGGCGCUGCGACGCACGCUGGACGCCAUGGCCGCCAGCAAGCUCAACACGCUCCACUGGCACAUCACCGACUCACACUCCUUCCCGCUGGCCCUGGACACGCUGCCCAACAUGGCCUACUACGGCGCCUACUCCCCCAGACAGGUGUACACGCCCGCCCAGGUGCGCCGCCUCGUCCAGUACGCGCGCGUGCGCGGCGUGCGCCUGUUGCCCGAGUUGGACGCGCCCGCGCACGUCGGCAAUGGCUGGCAGUGGGCCGAGAAGGAGGAGGGGCUGGGUAGGCUGGCCGUGUGCGUCAACCAGGAGCCCUGGCAGGAGUUCUGCGUGGAGCCUCCGUGUGGCCAGCUUAACCUUGCUAACCCCGCCAUAUAUGACGUGUUGGGGCACAUAUACCGCGAACUGAUCGACAUCUUCGCCCCCGUUGACAUCUUUCAUUAUGGCGGCGAUGAAGUCAACCUCAAAUGCUGGAACACAACGGAGGAGAUCGUGACAUGGAUGACAGCCAACGGACACGGUCUUGAUGCUGAUGCUUACUACAGGCAGUGGGGGGUGUUCCAGGAGAAGGCGCGGCAGCUGCUGCAGGCGGCUGCUGGGGCUGGACAAGGACACAGGAAGGAGGUGGAGGGCGUCUUGUGGACCUCAGAACUCACAAAUCCAGCUCGUCUCAACACCUUCCUCAACUCCUCCCAGUACAUCAUCCAAAUCUGGAGUACCCGACAGGACCCAGUCAUCAAGGAGGCCUUGACUAGGGGGUACAGGGUUAUCUUCAGUAACCACGACGCCUGGUACUUGGACUGUGGCGCCGGGGCGUGGGUGGGUGAGGGAAACAACUGGUGCAGUCCGUACAAGGGAUGGCAAACAAUGUACGACAAUAGCCCGCAUGAUAUCGCCCUGACCCUUACUGGCUCCUCGCACCCCGGCCAGAUUCUCGGUGGUGAAAGUGCAAUGUGGACCGAACAAGCGGACACUUCCACUAUUGACUCUAAGGUGUGGCCCCGCGCGGCGGCUGUGGCAGAGCGGCUGUGGACCAACCCGGCCACUGGCUGGCGCGAUGCGGAGACUCGCUUCAUCCACCACCGCCAGCGGCUGGUGCGGCGCGGCGUGCAGGCGGAACGGAUACAGCCUCAGUGGUGCCACCAGAACGAGGGGCUCUGCUAUCUAUAGUGCCACUCAUGACAGCCAGGAGUGCCUUUCCUUCUCACAGUGCCCUUGUAACACUUCUUUCCUCCGAAGUCUGAGGUAUAAUGAUGGGUAAGAAGAGAGGAAAACCUGAGGGAGGGGGAUAAGAAAGAAACAAGUAGAAAGGAAAAGAAGUGAAGAAGCGAUGAUGAUUUUAGAGAGAAUGUUUAUCAUUAGUAUGUGGAGUCUACACUCUAUUAUAUAAAUACAUCCUCUCUCUCUCUCUCUCUCUCUCUCUCUCUCUCUCUCUCUCUCUCUCUCUCUCUCUCUCUCUCUCUCUCUCUCUCUCUCUCUCUCUCUCUCUCUCUCUCUUAACAAACAGCGACGGUGCACUAGUGACUGACAGCCAACACGUUGCAAACCUAUUAAACAAUUACUUUUC